CCGCCGUGAAAAGCGGGAGGGGGCGUCCGCACACGGGCUCCGCUCGGGUUCCCGGAGCCGGCUGCGCCCGCCACACUUACCGUGAUUCCCCCUUUCCUCCCUCCCUAGCCCGACGCGCCUCCUCACGAGCUCGCACGCUCCUCAGGGGCGAGCGCCGCGGGAACCUACCGCUCCCUUCUCUGCGUCCCCCCUCGCCAUGAGCAACCCGAAGCCGGACGUCGAGCACUGCACGGGCGCGGGCGCCGACGCGGGCCCCGGCGGCCCGCUGGAGGAGGAGGUCCGGACACUGUUUGUCAGUGGCCUCCCUGUGGAUAUUAAACCUAGAGAACUCUACCUGCUCUUCCGGCCAUUCAAGGGCUAUGAAGGGUCCCUGAUCAAGCUCACCUCAGGACAGCUUGUUGGUUUUGUGAUCUUUGACAGCCGGGCAGGAGCGGAAGCAGCCAAAAACGCAUUGAAUGGUAUUCGCUUUGAUCCAGAGAAACCACAGACUCUGAGGGUAGAGUUUGCCAAAGCCAACACCAAGAUGGCCAAGAACAAACUAAUAGCAACACCAAAUCCCAGCAGUGUCCACCGUGCCCUAGGAGCACACUUGACUGAUCGGGACCCUUAUGACCUGAUGGGGGCUGCUCUGAUUCCUGCAUCCCCAGAGGCCUGGGCCCCUUACCCUCUCAUCACCACAGAGCUGACCCCAGCCAUUUCUCAUACUGCGUUCACCUACCCAACUACGACUGCUGCUGCCGCUGCCGCUGCCGCUGUCCCCCUACAUGUUCAGGUACGCUGGUACUCCUCUGAUACCAUUCAGCAAGGAUGGAAGUAUCAUCGCCAGUUCUGUUAGCUCCUCAAUGAGUGUUGGCUCUAGGGGUCUUAUCACCCUGGAGUUGGUCCUGGGUUAUGUGGGGCCAAAACAGGGCUCUGCCAUCACUGCCACCCGAGGCCUGUGCAGAACUGCUGUUUCCCUCUAGACACUGUGAAUCUGAAGCCUGACUUCUUCUGUUUUGUUUUGUUUUUUUGUUUUUGUUUUUUUUGUUACACAGAGUUCAAAAAUACUUUUCAUGUUUUAGAUGGUUUUGAAGUUCAGGAAGAAUGAGGCGCAGAGGCAGAGUGGGGUGUACUGGGGAGGCAAGCACAAGGAAGGCUUCUCAGACUGGAAGCUGGUCAAGCCUACUCCUCACCACUCCCGACUCCUGCACCCACCCUGCUUCAGGGGGACCUGAGCCUGUGGUCACUUCUGCCUUGGGGGCCCCAGCUCCUGACACACACACACACACACACACACACACACACACACACACUCACUCACACACACACACUCACUCACACACACACUCAGUUCCCAUCCAGCAGCAGAUCCACAGCCUCUGAAUUCCACUUCAGAGUCCUGCAUCAUGUCCUUCUUCAGGCCGACAGGUGUCCAACCAAAAUGUGAAAAGUAUUUUUGUACCCUGUGUAACAAAAUAUUUAUGGAUCAUAAAGGAUUUCUCAUGUGUUUACCAUUAAUUAUUGAAGAGACCUGGUUCAGCCUGUCAGAUGAGUUUAAUGUUUAGUUGGAAGCAUGGAGAAGAAAAGAGGUUUCCUUCCUUUAGCAGUCAGCAUGAAGGAUACAUUGUGCAAUUUUGUUUUAUUUUACAAGCAUGUCUGUGCUUUGCCUUUCACCUCAGCUGGGAUGAUGUCCGGCUACCUGGGAAGAUGAUGUUUAGAGGCGGCUGUUAUAAUUGGUGACCCUGUGAGAAUGUGAAACUGGAUCAUAAAUGAAAUGCAAAAUAAAAACCUGAAGUGACUGCGCUGA